AAAUUUAACUGAUGAUUGAAUCACUGCUGUCCAGUCUAAAUAAUAAACUAUAUGGCCAAAAGUAUGUGGACACUUGAUCAUCACAUCACACCAUAUGUGGGCCUUCCCCAAACUGUUCCUACAGAGUUGGAAGCACAAAAUAUUGUAGAAUGUUUUUGGAUCCUGUAGCAUACAUUAAGAUUUCCCUUCACUGGAAUUAAGGGGCCUAGCCCAAACCCGCUGCAGCAUAACUGUGGCACUGUGCAAAAAGCUUUUGCUUGUAUUCCAGUACAUUUGCUUAAACAAAUACUACCAACAACAAUCAAACCUCUGUUAAAAAAUAAUAAAGUCUUCCCUUGUGUACCUAAAGCUGUUAAAUUAACUGUUAUUAAACCAUUGUGGAGAACCCAGUGUGUACGUGUGUGUGUGUGUGUGUGUGUGUGUGUGUGUGUGUGUGUGUGUGUGUGUGUGUGUGUGUGUGUGAGAGAACUUGGGAGACAGGUGACUUUUUACAGAGCUUUGUGUGUCCUAUUUAUUUUCCAAUAUUAAUAAAUAAGCACAAACAAAUCCAAACUCUAUGCUGGGCACAGCUUGUUAUGUUCACAUUCAAGUUGACGUUCACGUGUAAGCCAAGUGUGUUGUGGGUGUUGUGUUGGCUCACUCCAAACAAAAAUGGACAGAUCCGUUGGCCUUGAGCACCAAGACCAUGAAGCUGCAUAAAUCACUGUGGGACUCCUUGAUUACUCCCAUGUCGAACAUAACCUUGAGUUCAUCCUGAACCACUUUUUUGUGUUCAGGUAACAAGAAGGGCCGGCUGCAUACAACCGUGCCUGGAGGCAUCUCAAUGUGGCGCUCAAUGAGGACUGUGUGACUGGAUAGGGGCAAAAACCCACCAACCUGUGCUGUCUGGGAUGGUGAAAGGUGGUGAAGAGUCGUUGACUUUAGGAAUGAAAGAAGAUGAGGCAGCAAUGUCGCCUUGGUGUGACCCUGUGUGCGAAUUAUACACUGACUUUCCAGGGAGUCAGCUUUUUUCAGUUUGCCCAGAUUAACUAGUUUGUACAAGUAGCUAUAGUUCAUACAAUCCUGUUCACCUUCAUGAUAAUGAUAAUGAGUCUUUAUUGGUCACAUAUGCACAGUGAAAUUCUUUUGUAAUUAGCAGAUAUUUGCCUAAUUCUGCAGUGCAUGCAUAGUUUGCAGUGUGCCGAUGCACCUGAAGGAUAUUUUUUACAGAAUUCUGCAUGCAGGGUUUCAACUUAAUGUUUUUCCCAUUUGGCAAAUUCUUGAUUUGUUAGUGGACGCCACACCUCACUGUGGUGGCUUGGCGGUUAAGGAAAUAUAAGAAAUUGUCAUUUGACGGCAUAAAAUGGUCUGCGGCCUUCAUCUCUCAGUUCAUUCAUUGCAGAGUGGAUUCCUGGAACUGACAAUACAUCAUAAAAAUGUUUAUCUCCAUUUGUUCUGCAUUUGUCUUGUUUACUGUCAUUGUAGUUGUAGAUUUGGCCCUAGGGCUUGUCUUGUAAUAAACUCACUAAAGGGGUUGCCAAACACUUUCAACAAAAUUGUUUUGACUUGAUAGGGCGAGGGGUACAAAAGCACUUGACGUCUACAUUUUCUACAAAAUUAUCCACUCUAUCCAAAAAAAACCAGCUGAUUUUUAUUUGAGAAUUUUUUACACACAAAUUUACACAAUAGCACGUAUAAUUCUUUAAACAGAACCGCCUAUGCCUUUUUUUCAACCAAGGUAUGACAUCAUAUCUAAUAUGCUGCCGCUCAAAUUCUGGGGGUGUGAUCAGUUUCUGUACUAUAAAAGAACCAGAGCUGCUUGAGCCAUAAGUCAUUCAUAUGUGACCUUUUACAGUUAAUGGUUUAUAUUGGUAGCAUGCCAUAUACGAGGUGUUUCUUUAAAUUUUUAGAUACAUUAGAGAAAUGCUGUAUUCAUGAAUCUGACGGAGUUUAACCAGUCUGAUCUCUGUGAGCAUUUCUCCUGUCCAGAGAGAUCUGGAUCUCCUGCAGUUUAUAUCUUACUGUACGUGUGUUCAGCUGCUGUGGUUCUUCUAACACUGUGUGGAAAUAUGCUCGUCAUCAUCUCUGUUCUUCACUUCAAGCAGCUUCACACACCGACAAACAUGCUCGUGCUCUCUCUGGCUGUGUCGGAUUUCCUCGUUGGUGCUUUAGUAAUGCCACCGAUGUUAAUCUGGAUAAUCGAGUCGUGCUGGAUUUUUGGGAGAGCUUUCUGCAUUUGUUUUUUAUUGUUCAGUGGUUUCCUCAUGAUUUGUUCCAUCUAUAAUAUCGCUCUGAUCGCUGUGGAUCGGUAUUUGGCUCUCUCAAACCCCUUUCUCUACAUGAACAGAAUCACUAGAAGGACUAUGUGCAUUGUGGUUUAUUCUAACUGCUGUGUGUCUCUGACGUAUAUCACAGCAGUCUAUUAUUUCAAUGGAAGCUUCAUGGGUUCUGUAAUGUGUCCUGGUGAAUGUAUUUACUUUCUAAAUGAGGUUUGGUCUGUACUUGAUCUUGUUGUAUCAUUUACAUUUCCACUUUCUAUCAUAAUCAUAUUGUAUACUCGAGUGUUUGUGAUUGCUAAGAAACAUGCCACUGCUAUCAGAGAGCUUAAUAAUCACACACGGCCUAAAACACAGAAAAUCACCUCACACUCGAUGAAAUCUGAGAGAAAAGCAGCUAAAGUCCUGGGCAUUUUAGUGUCUGUGUUUCUGAUGUGUUUACUUCCGUAUUUUAUUUGCAGUUUAUUAGGUGAUGUUAUUGAACUACAGACAGAAACAUUUCAGAAACUUGUGAUUGUGCUUUAUCUUAAUUCCACCAUUAAUCCUGUUAUUUAUGCUCUGUUUUACCCGUGGUUUAGGAGGUGCAUUAAAUUAAUUAUAACUCUGCGAAUAUUCCAGACAGACUCUGAAUUAAUAAACGUUCUUUCAUGA